AUGCUAUGCAACUUAUGCAACUCGCUUGUAUUAAUACAUUGCACCUCUUACAUUGCAGUUUUUGCAGUUUUUGCAGUUGUAUCAGCCGCAAAAGCUAAAGAUCAAAUUACUUACAGUGUCAUAUCUCUCGAAGGUGGCAGACAGGAUAUUAGCGUUGUGGUAGAUACUAUAUCAUACCCCCUAUUACAGUCGGCCCAAGUCCCUGUACUUUAUACUGGGUCUGCACCUAUAGCAUCCAAGGACUACAAGUAUUCGAUGAGUACCGGAAGGAACAGUAUGAAGACCGAGAAUUUCAGUCGUAACAAAACAGAGGAGAGUACACCAAAUGAAACUUUUGGGCGCCCAUGGAACACUCGCGUACUUUCCAAAUUGAAAUCAGCCCUUCCUCCAAUUCCAUCAAUCGAUCGUAUAAAGUCUCUUUUGCAUAUUGACGGUGAGAUCGCUACCAUUCAUUUGUCUGGAAAUCAAUCAGCAUUUGACAACAUGCACAAUAAUCCAAUGGAAGAAAGUUUAGUAGCCGCUAAUGUAUCUUACAUCAGCCCUCACGGCAUACAUACUUUCUCUAAUGUCGAGCUUGAAAUAAGUGGUCUUAGCUCUCGCACCUUUCGCAAACUUUCUUAUAAUAUCAAACUGAAAAAAAAAGCUAAAAACCAUUUGUAUGGUUACCGUCGGCUCAAGCUACGUGCUAUUAACAAUGACGAUUCGUAUAUUCGCGAAAGUAUUGGUUAUGAUAUUGUUAAGGCAGCUGGACUAGCUGCGACCGAGUUUUCUUACGUCAGAGUAAUAAUGAAUGAUCGUCCUCUUGGUCUCUUUGGGCUUAUUGAAAAUUAUAAAGAUCCUUGGCUCAGUAAUGAGUUUGCAAACGGCAAUGUAAAAUAUGAGCAAGGAAUUCUUUAUCAAGCAGUCUAUCAAGUAGACAAUGGAAAUGUGAACAUUACCCUUUCUGACUUAUCUUACUACCAAAAUAUAACAAAGUACGAGACCGGGGCUUACAAAAUCAAGGCUGAUUCAACAAAUGGGAUAGCAAGUCUUGACCCAUUGAUUGAGUUUACAAAAUUUAUCAAAGACGCACCUACAGAUACGCCGAAUGCUGUACAUAUUUGGAAUAAAAAACUUGAUACAGAAAGCUUUCUUCGUUGCAUUGCCCUUGAGAUUCUUCUGGGAUUUUCAGAUGGUUAUAUUGGCACAGGGAAUAAUUAUUAUCUUUACCUUGACCCCAAAACCCAGCGUUAUAUUUAUCUACCAUCAGAUCUCGAUCUGAUUUUUGGAGCUGGUUUCAUUAGUACCGUAUCCAUGACUACCGGAAAUUACUCGGAUUUUCCUUGCUUUCAUUUGCGACCUUUGAUAGCAAAGAUGAUGCAAAUACCUACGUUCAAGACUCGAUUGGAAGAGCUAAUCGUUGAAAUUACAAAGAGACUUUACAACCUCAAAGAGUUAGAGAAUCGUAUUGAUGACGUUGUGGACAUGAUUGAAGAAGAUGUUGCAUGGGAUUGUAGUCUCCCUCGGGUCAGCAAAGGUCUUAUUCUUGGUGACAUCGAUGGGAGUGAAGAAUAUUCUCUAUCUUUAAUCCCUCCUAUGGUUGAUAUCCCUACCGCACUUAAUCUUUUCACAAAAAAUGAAACCAUUCCUCUCAGGGUUGCCGUUAAUGGUCCUACUGGACAUCUUGCUUCACCUGGUGUUAAGGAAUUUAUCAAAUGGCAGAGUGAAAACACAAUGGAAUUUUGGCACAACACCACAGGAGAGAUUUUUUAA